UGUUUGUGAAUGUGGUUAUCCACUCUCUUUACAUGCCUUGUGGGAACGACAGGUGAAGAUCCAGGAUGGAGGUUUAUAUCAUGGGGAUUUGCAUCGCAGUAUGUGGAAACUUUCUCAUCAGCAUCUCCUUGAAUAUCCAGAAAUACACGCAUGUGCGGCAGUCGCAGCGAGGGACGAAGCCGUACUACACCAGCCGUCUGUGGUGGUGCGGGAUCCUGCUGAUGGGUUUGGGGGAGCUGGGGAACUUCGCUGCGUAUGGAUUCGCUCCGGCGUCACUCAUCGCUCCUCUCGGCUCUGUGUCCGUCAUCGGGUCACAUAUAUGA